UCUGAAAUGUAGAAAUUGUGCGGGAAUAAAGUAAACAACUGCUUGCCCAGGCUGGCUACGCCUAUAAAUUGGCAUGCUCUAGUGCUCUGCUCUACAACUGCGACGUUCAAUAGAGAACAUACCACUUGAAGUCUCCAGAACAAGCAAGCUUUUGCCAUUGUUAAGUACCGGGCCGUUAGUGUAGCCAUGAAGGUAGAACGCGACCUCCACAUGAGCCAUGGCGACGGUGAGACCAGCUACGCCACCAACUCCAGGCUUCAGGAGAAGUCCAUACUGCAGACGAGGCCGGUGCUCCACAAGGCCGUGGAGGCAGCCCACGCAUCGCUCACCCCCACCGGCACGAUGGUCGUCGCCGACCUCGGCUGCUCGUCGAGGCCCAACACGCUCCUCAUCGUAUCCGAGGUGCUCGGCGCCAUCGCCGACUGCCGUGAGGAGCUUGGCGGCCAGCAGCCGCCGGUGCACGUGCAGUUCUUCCUGAACGACCUCCGCGGCAACGACUUCAACCAUGUCUUCCGGUCCCUGGUGCUGUUCAAGAAGCUGAUCGCGAAGGAGAAAGGGGAGGCGGUGCCGCCUUAGUACAUCGCCGGGCUGCCGGGCUCCUUCUACACCAGGCUCUUCCCUGAUCGUUGCGUUCACAUUUUCCACUCCUCCUACUGUCUCAUGUGGCGCUCCAAGGAACCAACUCGGCCUGCCAUACCGUAGCUGUUGGUGCCAUCCACCAGCAUUUGAUCCAAAAUGGCCUCCGUAUGUCUGCUUCUAUUGUUGCUGAUGCUGCUCAGUGUUUCAACACCCAUCACUUUGCCUGUUUGAUUGGAUAUGGUGCCAGUGUGAACAGUAUUGCAAGGUUCUCGCUCUGGCGCCCGCCUCUUUCACCAGUCCGGCCUGCCGGAACACUCCCUGAAUCAAUUCCUGAAAUGUAGAAAUUGUGCGGGAAUAAAGUAAACAACUGCUUGCCCAGGCUGGCUACGCCUAUAAAUUGGCAGGCUCUAGUGCUCUGCUCUGCAACUGUUCAAUAGAGAACAUACCACUUGAAGUCUCCGAAACAAGCAAGCUUUUGCCAUUGUUAAGUACCGGGCCGUUAGUGCAGCCAUGAAGGUAGAACGCGACCUCCACAUGAGCCAUGGCGACGACGAGACCAGCUACGCCACCAACUCCAGGCUUCAGGAGAAGUCCAUACUGAAGACGAAGCCGGUGCUCCACAAGGCCGUGGAGGCGGCCCACGCGUCGCUCACCCCCACCGGCACGAUGGUCCUCGCCGACCUCGGCUGCUCGUCGGGGCCCAACACGCUCCUCGUCGUAUCCGAGGUGCUCGGCGCCAUCGCCGACUGCCGUGAGGAGCUUGGCGGCCAGCAGGAGCCGGUGCACGUGCAGUUCUUCCUGAACGACCUCCCCGGCAACGACUUUAACCUCGUCUUCCAGUCCCUGGAGCUGUUCAAGAACCUGACCGCGAAUGAGAAAGGGGAGGCGAUGCCACCUUACUACAUCGCCGGGCUGCCGGGCUCCUUCUACACCAGGCUCUUCCCUGAUCGCUGCGUUCACAUUUUCCACUCCUCCUACUGCCUCAUGUGGCGCUCCAAGGUACCGGAGGAGCUCUCGAGAGGCACGGUUGAAAACGAAGGCAACAUGUACAUUUGGGAGACCACGCCGCCGUCGGUGGUGAAGCUGCAUCGGAAGCAGUUCCAGGACGACUUCUCGCUGUUCCUCAGGCUGCGUCACAACGAGCUCGUGUUGAGUGGCCAGAUGGUGCUGACAUUUCUGGGCAGGAAGAACAAAGACGUACUGCAUGGCGAGGUCAGCUACGUGUGGGGGCUGCUUGCCCAAGCUAUUCAGUCCCUAGUCCAAGAGGGCCGUGUGGAGAAGGGGAAGCUGGACUCCUUCAACCUGCCGUUCUACGCGCCUUCGAUCGACGAAGUGAGGGAGGUGAUCCAGCAGAGCGAGUUGUUUGACAUCAACCACAUCCAGCUCUUCGAGUCGAACUGGGAUCCCCAUGACGACUUGGAUGGUGAUCUCGUGCUCGACAGCGUUCAGAGCGGUGUCAACGUCGCCAGGUCCAUAAGAGCUGUGGUUGAGCCCCUGAUCGCGCACCAUUUUGGUGGGCAUAUACUCGACGAUCUCUUUGAGAUGUUUGCACAGAAUGUCGCAAAGCACCUCCAGAAAGUGAAGACCAAGUACCCUGUUAUUGUCCUUUCCUUGAAGGCAAGACGUGCGCCGAAGCACCCAGCAAACCACAGUUGCUAUUCAUGAUCAGCUUUCAGGCAUAGACAGCUUAUGUAGAAGCUUGUGUCAAAUUAGUGCUACAAAAAUACAACUAUAGAUGCAAUAUAACUGUGAACUAUACAACCAAUCAAUAAAAGAAAUAAAGUAGUUCAAGGAAAAUGUUAGUGGUAGAAUAGUUCCUCCACUACCUCCCUUGGAUUUAGCAGGUUUGUUUCAACAAGUCGAUGUAUCCUGUUAUGUACUGUAAUCUUAAAUGGAAGCAAAUAUUUUAUGAUCGUUU